GGGUUGUUGGGGUUGUGCUCUGACCCGUGUGUUCAGUUUCCAGGUGGCCGCCGUCUCCCCUGUGAUAUUUACUGGCAUGGUGUCUCCUUCCUUGACUCCCCCUGUCCCCACAGCGGCCAGGUCAACAAGUACCCAGGAAUGCUGGAGACGGUGCGGAAAAUCACCUUCAGCCGAGCCAUGAGGCUCCUCCAGCGACUCUUCCCUGAGGAAUACAACUUUUACCCUCGGUCCUGGGUCUUACCUGAGGAGUAUCACAGCUUCAUCGCCCAGGGGCGAGCGGCGAGAGAGAAGGACACCUCGCGGAGAACCACGUUCAUCGUGAAGCCGGACGGAGGGUCCCAGGGCGACGGGAUCUACCUGGUUAGGGAGACGGAGGACGGGAGGCUGGGGGUCUCGCUCCAUGGGAAGCCCGCCGUGGUGCAGGAGUACAUCAGUCGGCCGCUGCUGAUGGAUAAGCUGAAGUUCGACAUCCGUCUGUACGUGUUACUUAAGUCCCUGCAGCCCCUGGAGAUCUACAUCGCCAAGGACGGUCUCUCCAGGUUCUGUACCGAGCCCUACCAGGAACCCAGCAGCAAGAACAUCCACCAGUUAUUCAUGCACUUAACCAACUACUCACUCAACAUCCACAGCGGGAACUUCAUCCACUCCGACAACGUCAACACGGGCAGCAAGAGGUCCUUCUCCAGCGUGCUGGCUCGGCUCUCGCUGAAGGGCUGCGAUGUCAAGAAGAUUUGGUCGGACAUCAUCUCGCUGGUCAUCAAGACCAUCGUGGCUUUGGUUCCCGAGCUGAAGGUUUAUCACCAGGCCAACAUCCCACCAGCGAGACCCGGUCCCAGCUGUUUCCAGAUUUUAGGGUUCGAUAUCCUGCUGAUGAAAAACAUGAAACCUGUGUUACUGGAAGUGAAUGCUAACCCCAGCAUGAGAAUAGACCACGAACAGGAGGUGGCUCCGGGGGUGUUCGAGGCGGUGCCCAGCCCCGUGGACGAGGAGGUGAAAGUGGCCGUUAUCCGUGACACUCUGCGAUUGGUGGAUCCGGGCCUGAAGAGGAACAUUCACAGUCGGUCAGCCACAGCUGGGAAGUCGGGAGAAACUGGAGAGGAAGAGGAGGAGGAGAUCUGGGAAGCGGGAGAGGCUGAGGCGAGCACAGAACACAACCUGCCGCCCAUUUGUCUGAAACAAGUCUUCCCCAAGUACGCCAAGCAGUUCAGCCACCUGCUGGUGGUGGAGCAAGUGGCCGCCCUCUUCAUCAGGUUCCUGGGGAUCAAAGGAACCAUGAAACUCGGCCCCACGGGUUUCCGUACGUUCAUCAGGAACUGUAAGCUCUGCAACAGUAACCUAACCAUGGCGUCCGCCGACAUCUUAUACAUUGACAUCACUCGCAGGUGGAACCUCGUUGGGGGAGACCGAGGGGAAACCGGUAUGUGUUUACAGGCUUUCAUGGAUGCCUUUCUGUACCUGGCGGAGAGGAAGUACAGGUCGUUGCCGCUGUGUGCUCAGGUACAGGCACUGGUUGACUUUUGCCAGGCUCAGCUGGAAGCCACGGACGAGAAGCGUCUGGGGUCUGUGUGCGGGAUCACCGAGCCGGUCACAAGCCACCCUGAGGGAGCGCGCUCAGACCCUGCCAUCCGCUCGCCAAUCAACCGCGGCACGACCAAAACCGCGCCAGCAUCGCCUUUACCUCCAGCGAGGAACAGACAAUUUGUAAACGGCCUAAGCUCGCAAGGUAUUUUGUAACAAUGCACUCGCUGCCUCUCUCUCCCUCUCCCCCUGGAUCUAUCGCCUUCCCUGUAAGAUUUUUUUAACCAAAUUCCCGCUGACGGCUGCUCAAAGUGCCCCACCCCAAGCCACUCGCUCUCUUUCCGGAUGUGACCGAGCCUUCCGAUUAACCGGGAUUGGGAACAUCUGGAGUAGGUGCUAAAAUUCCAUAAAUUCCCGCCCAAACCGCCCUAAAUCUUGAGGUCAUGAAAAAUUCUGCUGGUUCGUGGCUGACGUUUUCUCUCUCCGCUCUCGAUCAGAUUUUUUGGGGGCUCGUUUCCUGACCAACCAACACCUGCUGGAGGGGGAGGGAGAGGGGUCGGUGGAGAGGGUGGGUAGGCAGUGGGUAAGCAGACCCUGGCAGUGGCACACUCCCUCAUGUUCGGUGUGGUUCGGGCACAGAGCAAAUACCAAGUGAGCCUUUUGUCAUCUGUCGAACAGAUUUAGGACAUAAAUGCCUUUUUCUCACGUACUUUCGGUACAGACAGAUUCCCAGAUUGAAAAAUGGAUCAAUCGCAGCAGGAAGAGUGGGCCAUUUGUCAUUUGAUUGGUGACGUGUCAGAUGAAAACUGUUCACACACACACACACACCCUCCCUCGUAGGAGACUUAUUCCUGCUCCAUGUAUUACACUGCCUCUCAACCCCCUGCCACUGCUCCCGCACAGACACACACACCCUCUUCACAAUGACAAGCUCAGGGUUUGAGAGGGUCACCUUUUCGCCAGGCAUUUGAUUUACAGCCUGUGUCUGACACAGAGCGACCCUGAUCCCCUGUCAAUUUCUCACAGACUGUAGGGGGGGAGGGUGAACAGUCUGCACUGAAUGAUUAGUUCAUUUCACUGGUGUGGCAAUGUACAAUGUCACUGUACACUUCACUCUCUUAUUUCACUGAAUGUGUGUGUGGGGCAG